CUCUCUCUCUCACCCUACCUUUUAAUAAGAGAAGCACUCUCUUACGCGUUAGCGGAUGUAAUGAGACUUCACUUUCUAUUGUCGUCAAAGUUGUAGAAGUAGUGGUGGUGGUGGUGGUGCAUGGUGGUUUUAUAGCCCCAUCACUGCAGAGAUACGGAAGACACAACCAAAGACCAUCAUCGUCCAUGCCCUUUGUUUAGGAUUUCUUUUUAUAUGUUUUUUGUAGUCUUUUUAAUUUUUUUUCUUUUUUUUUUGGCAAAUUAAUGCAACAAAUACAAAGAAAAGUCUAAGAUUAGGAAGCUGCAUUACCAGGUAUAUUAGACCUCAAAUGGGUGCUUUGUAGAAGUUAAAGCACCUCUCACCCCUCUUUGUUAGGUCCUCUUCAUUCCCCCUCCCCCCCUCCUCCUCUUCCCAUACUCUUCUUGUCCUUGUAUCUCUCUCUGGGAUGAUGGGUUUGAUGGGUGCAACCAGAUCGGUGUUAACAUUGACAGGGAGAGUUACUAACGACGUUGUGAGCUUUAUUGUCUUCACCUUCCUGGACCUCUUAGAUGUCCUCCUUUGUGUUCUUUACAAGCUCACAGAUCUCUUGAUUGAAGCGGAAUGGAAGCCUUGUUACUGCUCUUCAGCCAAAGAGGCAAUCACCAGCAGUGGCAAGAUCUUAGUGUCUGAGCAAGGAGAGUCCAAAAUCGUGUGCCUUAGCUCUAGUAAGUUACAAUGGGAGGAUAUCUCAGAUACCCUUUACUCCCGUCCUUCUCUAGUUUCGGAUCUCUCAAAAUCAACAGUGAAGGAGCUAAAGCGUCUCAAAGUGGAAGCCACCACCACGAUCCGGACUCGAGACAAGAUCAUCAAGAAUGGAACAGUGAGAUCAACCUUCACCAUCAACUCCACCAUUGUAGAAAUGCUACAAGGCAAGAUCGGAGGUCACCGAUCUCAUCCCAUUCCAAGAUGGUCUGACUGUGACUGCAUUACUUGUACUUCUUGGAGUUCUUCUUCCUCCUGCAAAGAGACCCUUUUCGUCCGAGCCGAAGGCCCUAAAGAAAUUGCAGAGAAGAGGGAAACAGAAGAAGAUGUGAUAUUCAUUCAUGGGUUCAUCUCAUCUUCAAAAUUUUGGACAGAGACACUAUUUCCAAACUUUUCAAGGGAGGCAAAAUCAAAAUACAGGUUAAUAGCAGUGGAUCUACUUGGGUUCGGGAGGAGCCCAAAGCCAACAGACUCUCUCUACACACUACGGGAGCACGUAGAAAUGAUCCAAAGAUCAGUUUUGGAGCCUUACAAGGUGAAGUCAUUCCACAUAGUAGCCCACUCCUUAGGCUGCAUUCUGGCCUUGGCCCUCGCCGUCAAACAUCCCGGAGCUGUCAAGUCCCUAACCUUACUAGCACCCCCUUACUUUCCAGUGCCAAAGGGUGAAGCGGCGACACAGUAUGUGCUUCGAAAGGUGGCGCCGAGGAGAGUGUGGCCGCCGAUAGCUUUCGGUGCAUCCAUCGCUUGCUGGUACGAACAUAUCAGUCGGACGAUCUGCCUGCUUAUCUGCAAGAACCACCGGUUGUGGGAAUUUCUCACCAAACUUGUCACCCGAAAUAGGUUGAGGACGUAUAUGAUGGAAGGGUUCUUUUGCCACACACACAACGCUGCAUGGCAUACCUUACACAACAUCAUCUGUGGGUCUGCCGGAAAAGUGAAUGAGUAUUUGGAUACCGUCCGGGACCGACUGAACUGCAAUGUCACCAUCUUCCAUGGAAGCGACGAUGAACUUCUUCCCGUCGACUGUAGCUACGCCGUCCAAACAAGAAUACCAAGAGCUCGUGUUAAGGUGAUUGAGAAGAAAGAUCACAUCACCAUUGUUGUGGGAAGACAGAAAGCUUUUGCUAGAGAACUUGAAGAGAUCUGGAACAAAUCAUCCAGUGGUUAAACACAAACACCUCGAACCUCAGCUCUUUCUUAUUAUUUAUUUAUUGAGAAAAAUGGGUAUCUAUCAUAUGACCCCAAGAAAGUAAGAAACCAUGAAUCUCUCUCUCUCUCUCUCUCUCUCCCUCUCUUCUUUUUCUUCUUCUUCUCUUGGUUCAAGUGUGAAUGAAUGCUGAAAACCCAGCUGGCCCCAUGUGAUUAUUACCACCACCCAUAAAUUCUAGUGAGAGAUGUUUUAAGAGAAACCCAAAAAAAAAAAAAAAAAAUGAAGUAAUACAGUGGUUUAUUGCUGUUAUUAAUUAAAAGCUACCAUUGUUCAUGGUUCAA